AUGGAAAAAGCAACGAAACUUCAGCUAACUGAGGAAGAGGAGAAUUUACUUCUCGAUCCGUUCGCAAAUCUGGACAUGGAGGACGGAGCCAGCGCGAUAGACGUCGAUGAUAGUGCCAGCAUGAUAUCAUCCGUUGCGAGCUCCAACUUCUCGAACUCGUCAAGGCGGAGUAGAAUCUCUACCUGUAAGAGAACAAUCCGGAGGUUAGGAAAGCUGGACUGGGGCCAGAUGUCCGAGGAAGAUAGAAUGAGGCUGCACAAUGCUCGUGCCUUCAUGGACAGGGAGGGCUUGGGAAAAGCUAGACUUUCACCAAACCCCCCCUCUUCAAAAGGUCCGAGUAUUAAGACCGUGAUGGGACCACCUGCUCCCCUUGUUCCAAAACAAGGGAACGGGGACAUCCCAUCUACGUCAGGUGCUAUCGCCUCGACAGCAGAUGAGCAAUCGUCUGGAAGGGAGAAAACGGACCUGAUCGUGAGGACACACGUCGUUGCGUCUGACAGCUCAUCAGCCAAAAAAGUCGUAUCGUCUGGCGGUGCGAGGGUUAAAGCAGAUGAGAAAGGCACAAAUGGUGAGGGGACGGAUAAGAUGGGGUGCAAGGAUAACUUGGUGGGCCUUAGCCCACAGGUUACCCAAAACACCACCAUCAAAUCUGUAACCGAGGGGACGGGUUUAAUGGGGUGCAUGGAUAACUUGGUGGGCCGUAGCCCACAGGUUACCCAAAUCACCACCAUCAGAUCUGUAACCGAGGGGACGGGUAAGAUGGGGUGCAAGGAUAACUUGGUGGGCCGUAACCCACAGGUUACCCAAAACACCACCAUCAAAUCUGUAAACGUAAACCGUAACCUUUCUUCUGCCAAAUCAGUCCUACCGCCUGGUGGUACGACUGGUAAAGUUGGUGAGUUAGACAAUAAUGUCGAGGGAAAAGGUAAGGUGGGGUGCGAAGCUAACUUGGUGGGCCGUAGCCCACAAGAUAACCGAAACACUACCACCGAACCCGAUCCCGCAAACCAAUCGAUCAAUUCGACGUUCCAGAGCCUAGCUACGGUCAUACACAAAAAGACCAGGGCUAGAGCAUUAGAUGAGAAUGAGAUUCGUCGCCGUCAGAAUCGUAACGCUGAGAGGAUUGUCCGUCGCUUUGCCAAAAGGUCUCCCGAGUCCCUUACGGCAAAAGAGCGAGUAGCACUGGACAAAUCAAAUCAACGUUUACGUGCAGCGGCAGAACAGAGAACUGCGGGCACUCCUAGCACCUCCAAAAGAGCUAGGAACGAUGCCAAUUCACCCGCCAGCUCUUCGCCUAAUAAGACGAAGAAGAAGCGCAGAACCUCUCAGGUUAGCGUAAAAGGCCACCAUGUCGCCAUAGCCGAUUAUGGUAAGCCUUCACGCAAACUGACUGAAGACGAAUGGCAUCUCCUUGAACUAAGGAUCCUGGAGCAAGUCAAUGAGGCUAUCGUCAAGAGCUGGACGGUUCCACUCUUCGGUAACCUUAAGACUGUCCAUGGUUUCAAAGUGAUGCAUUGUGAGAAUGAUAUGACUCUCGAAUGGCUUCGGGAGUUCAUACAAAAAACGUCAGCUCCAUGGCAAGGCGCCGAAUUGCGUCUGAUCGACGUAAAGGAGAUAAAAGAUCUCAACAGACCUCUUGGAAGGCUGUUAGUCAAAGGCCCGACCCUUCCCAACGAACGACUUGAGAGAUACAUCCUAUCUUUGAAUAGUGAUCUCUUGAGCAGAGAGUGGGAAGUGGUCAAGAAUGAAAGAACGGAUGAUGGCACCGAAGUGGUGGUAAGAUUGAGCCACAAAUCUUUACCACUCCUGAGGAAGGCUGACUUCAAGAUACGCGUUGGAAUCACUAGGUGCAAACUUAGGUUGAUUCGCAACGAUAGAAAACAGUAAAGCCGCAACCGCUAACCUUGUCUACCUCAUGGAGAGUAGACAAUACGACGUAGCCCUGAUACAGGAACCCUGGGUUGUAAGAGGGAAUAUCAAGGGUCUACAAUCUAAAGAACUACAGCUGUACAAGUCUAAUCUUGACAGUCAAAAUAGUAACCCUAGAACAUGCAUAGUAGCUAAGAAACAGUUUAAUCUUUUUCUUCUAACUACUUACAGCAACACUGACCAGACCACGGUAAGAUUGGAGCGAGAUGGGCUCCCAAUGCUCAUCCUCUCGUCUACUUAUAUGCCGUAUGACGGUACAGAAGGACCACCAGCAGAUAUCACUGAAACGUUGGUAUCUUUUGCAAGUAAGAAUAAAUUUGAUAUUAUUUUAGGUUGUGAUUCUAACUCACACCAUAUGCAAUGGGGUAGCACUGAUACUAAUACCAGGGGCGAGUCCCUUUUUGAAUUUAUUAUCGAGAAAAACUUGCUCGUAGCUAAUAGAGGCAACACCCCAACUUUUGUUACUAAAACACGGGAAGAAGUUCUUGAUAUCACCUUGACGAGUAAUUCAGAUACUUGCCAAUUAGAACAAUGGAAGGUUUUAGAUGAAAUCUCUUUUUCCGACCAUCGCUUAAUAGAAUUCUACGUCCCUGAUGCUGCCCGGCACAUUAAACCUUUUAGGAAUAAUAGGCGCACCGAUUGGCAUGUCUUCAAUAGGGAAUUAGUAAAAAACAUUAGUCACUUAAACAUUGACAAUAACCUAGACACAAAUAGUCUUGAUAAACUGACAGAGGAAUUCACAGG